CGCCUCUCCUUGCUCCCUCCUCGUCGGCAGGGGCCGGCCUCCUCUCUGCGUUUACCCCCCCCCCCACCCAGACUAUUUAUGGAGUGCUCGGAGCCUCCUCCCGCGGGAGUCGAUGGGCCGCACCCGCCGUUGCCUGUGAGCGCGUUGCUGGUGGCAGCAACGAUCGCCACCGUCGGCGUCGUUGUCGCCUUCCUUAUGUGGUCGAAGCUGCGUGGGUGGAGGCCGCCGCCAAAGGCGAUGAAGGAGAUGGAGUGCUCCCGCGCCGCCGAACCGACCGCCUCGACCGCCUGCCCGCCGCCCGUCGAGGCGACCGCCGCGAAUGCAGUGAGCAGCAGCCGCGACGAGACGGGAACAGCUGAGACGAGCCCGGCGUCGCUGGCGCUGGCGCGGCGCGUGCGCGCGCUCGGGCUGCACCUGGGCGACAGCUUCGUCAGUGGCAUCUCUGUUGGGCUGCCCAACAGCGCGAGUGGCCGCCGCGUCUUCGACUCGACGAAUCUGCAGGCCCUGCUGCGCGGCGAGAGCCUAAUCGAGCCCCUGCCGCGCCCGCUCGUCCAAGCCCAGCUCGCGAGGAACGUCGUCCAGGUCUCCAAGAGCCCGACGGGCGAGCGGCUCCGCCGGCCGCUCUCUGCGCUGCAGGAGGUGGUGCAAAUCGCGUCGCGGAUCGGAGGGUUCGAUCUGGCCGCCGACUUUGGGGUCGACCCGCGGAUCGUCGAGACGCUCGACACGACGUACGCCCUCGCCAUCGGCGCCGGUCUCCAGGCGCUGCAAGACGCGGGCCUCGUGGACGGUCCUCCCUCCUCUGCGAACCGGCACCGCCGCUCCGCCUCGGAGCCGAACUUCCACGCCGCGGCCGCCGGCGCCGGAGGCGGCGUCGGUUGCGGUUCGGGCGCCCCCCUGCCGGGCUCGAGCGGGCGGGACAAGCCGUGGAGACUCGACAAGAGGCACCGCGACGAGACGGGCGUCAUCUUUGCCGCCUCCUUCCCCGCCCUCGACUCGCUCGUCGACGAGCUCUCGCGCUUCAUGACGGACGGGUUCGCGCGCGCGACGGGCGCGGCGAGGCGCUCCCUCGCAGUCGAGCUCGAGGCGCACGCCACGCGUCUCGACCCGCCCGCCCGGCAGGCCCUCCUCGACCUCUGCGCCGGCUUGCUCGCCGGCGAGCCGGUCGUCGACUUGGACGCGGCCGCCGGCGCCUCUCCCGCCGGCGCAAAGUCGGCGGCGGCGGGCGCAAAGGGCGCGCCGGCGGCCGCCGCCAACGGCGUCAAUGGCGGCGGCGACGGCGGCGGCGCGCCUCGGUACGAGUUCAACCGCAAGCUCCUCUUCAAGCUGCUAGUCAUGGCCAACUCGCAGCUCGCCGAGCUCGUCGGCGCGCGCGGCCCAAACCUGCACAUCAAUGCCGCCUGCGCCGGCACCACGGCCGCCAUCUCCCUCGCCUGCGACUGGCUGCGCGCGGGCCGGUGCGCGCGCGUGGUUGUCAUCUCGGCGGACAACCCCUCGUCGGACUCGCUCCUGCCCUGGAUCGGCACCGGCUUCCUCGCCCUCGGCGCCGCCUCGACCCGCCCGUCGGCGGCGGAGGCGGCGCUCCCUUUCGACAAGCGGCGCAACGGCAUGAUCCUCGGCGCGGGGGCGGUCGGGCUCGUCCUCGAGACGGACACGGCGCUGGCCAGCCGCCCCGCCGCCUCGCCGCGGGCAAAGGUGCUCGGCACGGUGCACACAAACUCGGCCUUCCACGCCUCCGCCAUCGGCACGAGCCACGCCGCCGAGACGCUCGAGGCGCUGCUGCAGCAGGUCGAGGCGGUUCACGGUCUGACCCGCACCGAGAUCGCAGACGCGCUGCUCUACUUUUCCCACGAGACGUGCACGCACGCGCGCGGCGGCGGCUGCGCCGGCGCCGAGAUGACGGCGCUGCGCGCCGCCUUUGGGACCGAGACGCGCAAGAUCAUCAUCACAAACACCAAGGGGAUGACCGGCCACGCGAUGGGCGUCUGCUUCGAGGACGCCGUGGCGGUGGCCUCCCUCUCGAGCGGCUUCGUCCCUCCGGUGAUCAACCACGAGCAAGCCGACCCGCUGCUCGGCUCGCUCCGCCUCAGCGAAGGAGGCACGCACGACGCCAAGUACGCGCUCCACUUUGCUGCCGGUUUCGGCUCGCAAGUGUCCUACGUCCUCUACGCGCGCUGUUAGUGGCCGAUCGGCCCCCCUCUAGGCUCUCAGCCGCCUCUGCCACGGCAGGAGGCUGACGCCGGUCCACUAUAAUCACUUUACACUCAAUAUUGCUGCAUGGUGUGUGGGCGCGCGCAUGCACUUUGGGUUGCAGCUUCUCACCACAUCCACACGCACACGUACACGUACACCCCAUGCCACAGCACGUGUGGGAUCUUCUCACUCUGUGCCCACACGCCACACCGCAGGUUCGUUGACUGUGUGAGCGAGAGAGAGUCAUGUUCUGUAUUCCGAAACGACACUGAUACCUCCCCUCUCGCCCCUGCUCUGGCGUGUCUGACUCUGAGCGAGACCGAGAGUCAUAUCUGUUCUAUAUAUUCCAAGGCUAGGGUUUACCGGUAUCUAGGUCUGCAGAUAGUGCAAAAACGGUGCCAGAUAGAUAUCUGGUUGCUCUUUUC